AUGUAUACACUUCCAAAUGAGCAAAUAAUUGCCUUCUUCUUCAAACAUUCUAUCUCAUUACUUCUUUGUUUCCUCUUCACUAUCUUUGUUGUCAAAUGGCGAAAUUCCACUUCAAACAACUCACAAAACCUUCCACCUUCCCCUCCAAAGCUACCCAUAAUCGGAAACCUUCAUCAACUCGGUUCAAUCCCUCAACGCUCUCUGAAAGCAUUAGCUCAAAAAUACGGUUCCCCAAUGCUGCUUCAUCUAGGCAGCAAGCCGGUGUUAAUUAUCUCCUCCCCUGAUGCAGCUGAAGAAGUCAUGAAAACACAUGAUUUAAUCUUUGCCAAUAGGCCUAAAGCAGGCUUUGCUGGAAGGCUUCUGUACAAUUUCAAGGACAUAGCGUUUGCUUCCUAUGGUGAGUAUUGGAGGCAGGUAAAAUGCAUAUGUGUACUACAGCUUCUAAGCCACAAGAGGGUUCAGUCAUUUCGAAGCAUAAGGGAAGAAGAGAUUGCACUAUUGUUGGAAACAAUUAGAGAAUCUUGUGCUUCGUCUUCAGUAAUACUUAUAAAUAAAAUUUUGGCAAGGCUUACGAACAAUAUAGUUUCGAGAGUUGCCAUUGGGAAAAGGUAUUCGGGAGAGGAAAGUGGGAGCAGGUUUCAGCAACUCUUUGUGGAACUUACCAUGUUGUUGGGUGUUUUCAAUGUUGGAGAUUACGUCCCAUGGCUUGCAUGGAUAAAUAAUAUCAAUGGCUUGGAAGCAAAGGACAUGUUUGUUGGUGGAACUGACACUACAUCAUCGCUGCUAGAGUGGACAAUUUCAGAGCUAUUAAGAAACACAAAUGCCAUGCAAAAAUUGCAUAAAGAAGUGAGACAAUUCUUAGGAAGCAAAUCAUGCAUCAGGGAAGAUGAUUUAGAGAAUCUCCAUUACCUAAAAGCAGUAAUAAAAGAGGCUCUUCGUUUGCAUCCACCAGUUCCAUUACUUCUUCCUCGUGAAUCAAGCAAGGCAGUCAAAAUAAUGGGAUACGAUAUAGCUGCCGGCACUCAAGUGAUUAUCAAUGCUUGGGCGAUCGCAAGGGACCCAAAAUUGUGGGAAGCUGCCGAGGAAUUUCAGCCAGAGAGGUUCUUGAAUAGCUCGUUGGACUUUAAAGGGCAAAAUUUUGAGUACAUCCCAUUUGGUUCUGGGAGGAGGAGCUGCCCUGGUUCUGCGUUUUCUAUGGUUACAGCUGAACUUGCACUUGCAAAUUUGAUCUGCAACUUCGAUUUUCAAUUGGCUGGUGGAGCAAGACCAGAAGAUUUGGAUAUGACUGAAGCACAUGGGAUCGUUACACCGAGGAAAGUCCCACUUCUACUAGUUGCAAGUCUACCUAAUUAG